AGCAGCAGGCAGGAGCCGAGAGAGCGCGCCGUUGCCGCUUUUCUCGCCUAGUCUCGUGGCAGAUAUCGAGUCUGUUUUGCCUUGAGCUGUGUCGGACUCUUGUGGGCCUGUCUUCCGGCCAGAUAUGAUGGCGAAGAUUGUACGCUCUGUCCUUGCGGUCGUGAUUGCAUUGAUCUGCGGUCCAGGGGAUGCGUUUGUUGUAGGCGCGGGCCGGGGGCUGGCUCCAGGGCGACCACUGCAUACGACUACGUCGGCGUUCGCCCCCGCUUGCUGUAGUAGCCCCCGUAGAGGUCGACCUGCGGGCGGAAUGGCUUUCCGGGCCUCCCUAUCAAGCACGCCGGCAUUCCGCGGCAGGAACCGGAAAGCUAUGUCAACGCGGAGGUUGGGCUGCCGGGAAGGUGAACGGGGGAUGAACGAGGGAGUGCAUUACGGGGACGCCGUCGGUGGAAAGGAGGGAGGCGGGGAGGGGGAGGCUGUUGCAGCGCGGCGCGCCCGCUUCGCUCGGCCUGCUGCGGUGUUGCGGUUUGUGCGGCAAGCAGUGGAGCGCGGGGUCAGCAUGUCCAGCAAGGGGACGAGGGCGCGAGUUGCUGCGUGGCGCCGAAGGAUGUCGGUGGCCUUCAUCGGUGUUGCCGCUGCCGUGAUGAUGAUGACCGCCUCGGCCGGCCCGGCCCAGGCGCUGUUCGGGAUUGGUGGGAGGAAGGAGGCGCCUGUGACUCGCCUCACCUACAUGCCGGAGAGCGUCUACCAAGAGCGGGAAGCGCUGCAGAAGUUUUGCGAGACGCCCCAGCAAGACCGGUUGUUCGACGCCAACGACUUGACCGCGUUCGAGGAGGAACUGGAUGAGAUUGACAUGUUCUCGAACAAAGUCGCUCCUAGCUACGGAGCGCGGGAGUCGCUCCGCCUAAAGUACGCUCGCCAUGCUGAAGACUUCGCAACAAUGGAAGAAGGAAAACUGACUGCUGGGUCCUUCGGUUUCGCCAGUUUCGCCAUCGUAGGCGGCCUUGCGGUGGUUGUUGGUGGUACCGUGCUUGGCGGCUUUACUUGGGCGUGCCGGGCUUUCAUGAACAUGGCACGGGAGGAGGAAAUUUUCCUCUACGGGGAAGAGAUCAGCGUUGACGCCACCGAAAAGCCAGACGAGGAACUGGACGAUCUGGACGAAGACUUCGACCUGGAUGACGAUGACAUGGAAGACUACAGCGCACCUGGUUCUGCAUCCGGGGCUGGAGGCAACCCUCCCCCCCCCUCGACGCCUCCUUCGGGUAGUGGGGCCGAUGGGGAUGCCGGCGGUGCCGACUCGAGUGGAGAUGACCUGUUGGGCAUGUAAUGUGCGGGCGCCAUCGCAGGCCUGGUUUUGGUACUGUACCCCCCUCCCGAUGGCCCGAUGGCGUGGGCCACGCGCGGAAUAGCGUUGAUGAUUUCGCAACAGCACGCUGCUCUGUUCAGCGGAAACCCAUGCUGGUUUUUGUUGCCUUGCAGAGCGAAGGGAUGCCCCUUCAUGUGCCUCUUCAGACAAGCGAUUGGCAACAUGUGGAGACCGAGAAAGCAGCCGAAAUUCCACCGAUUCCCUCCAUGAGGUCUGUCGCACUCAUUUAAAAGAUUGAGAGGUUUUUGCCCACUUUGACUCCUGAGCGUGAAGUACAAGGAAAGCAGUCGAUCCGGGGAUGGCUAGCGGCUUUCAGGCGAGUCGUUCGUCCGGCGUUCGUAGAGAUGGUCCAAAUAUUGUUCCGAUCGAGGGCAGAGGUUUGUGAAGCUGCUGGCAACGUGCAUGCAAACCUCUAAGAAACUGUAUCGUACCAAUGUUUUCAAGCCCCCUACGGGAUCGAGUUUCUGUCCCCACAAAUAUGCCCUCUGAAUACAGCAGUUCUACGCUAAAUAUCUAGAAAACACAUAUUGGAAGCAGCCUUUUCCCAAUUGCAAAGAAGGGUCUCAGUUGGGGUCUCGUCACAAUAGAAAAGCACCAUCAAUAGUGUAGGUAUAUGACACGGAAAAUCGUCAUUAACACAUGAC